GUUGCGAUUCGAGGGCAGGGCUGACGUCUUGCGUGCGCAGUGGAUUGUAGUCGUGUUUGAGAUGAGUGAGGUGGGGAUGGGAGAUGAGGGAAGGGGAGGAUAUAAGUAUGUUGGGUUGGAAGGGGUUGAGGUUUCUUAUCAUCUCACUACUCAUAACAAUUACAAGAUUCAUAUAACUACAUCUUCCAAACAAUCUUCGAAGCACUCAAGAUUUAUAUCAUCGACAUAUCAAAUUCUUAGCAUUAUAUCAUCGACAUCACUAUAUCAUUCACAAUGUCUAUCCCCAACCGCAAGGUCGUCAUCUCCGCUGCUGGAGGCCCCGAAGUCGUCUCCGUCCAGGACAGCGAGCUGCCCGCCCCCAAGAAGGGUGAAGUCCGCGUCAAACUCCUCUACUCAGUCUUCGGCGGAUCCGAUAUCAACAUGCGAAACGGCACAUAUCCCAUGCAGGAGAAGGCACCACUUACUACUGGCUACGUCUCGGUUGGAGUCGUGGAUCUGAACGGCAAGGACAGCCACAAACUCCAGCCCGGCGAUCUCGUCUGCUGUCUCUCCGUCUACGGCGGACAACAAUACUACACCAACCUCCCCGAGCCAUUCAUCGUCCCGGUUCCUAAAGGUAUCAGGCUCGAUCAAGCUGCCGCUAUGGUUCUCGACUGGACGACAGCCUACGGAAUGGCGUUCCGCACCGCAAAGCUCCAGAAAGGCCACAAGGUCUUCGUCCACGGUCUGAGCGGCUCAGUUGGCAACGCCUUAUUGCAGCUCUGCAAGAUUCAAGGCGCAGAGGUUUACGGAACAGCAUCGGAAUCGCAAUUCGAUGCUCUGCGCGCUCAAGGCGCUCACCCAUUUGUGUACACCAACAAGGACUGGAUCCAAGCGAUGAAAGACAUGGGUGGCGCGCACGCCGUCUUCGAUCCCCUCGGCUUCGAGUCCUUCGACGAGUCCUGGUCGAUCUUGUCCCGCGACAAUGGCCACUUGAUCGGCUAUGGGUCCAACGGUGCUAGCCUCAACGGCAAGCCUAGGUCCCAGGCGGCAGCGUACGCGGAUAUUGCGAAGCUGAUGGCGAGGAAGCUUGUGCCUUUCUGUCCGUUCAAUGCGAGCUUCUUCUACGUCGAUAGGACGCAGAGUACUUUCGUCCCGGAAUUGCUCAAGUGCUUCGACUUGCAGGUUAAGGGUGAGGUGGAUGUCAAGAUCAAGAAGACGAUUUCGCUGGAGGAGGUGCCGCAGAUGCAUAAGGAUUGGACGAAGACAAAGGGUGUUGGGACUGUGGUGGUCAAGUUGCCGUACGCGGACGAGUACCUUGGUGGACGAUGAGCAGUCAUUGGAUCUGCUUUCUGUUUUGAAUUUUUGCGUUCAUCCUUUGCCGCGGUUUAGAUUGUAAAUACCCUCUAGUUUAUGAGAUU